AUGGCUGGGGGCGUGUGGGGCCCGGCCCGCGGGGCCCCCGUGGGGGCCCUGACCCUGACAGCCCUGGCUGAAGGAAUCCGGGCCAGCCGAGGGCAGCCCUGGGGACCCCCUGCCCCAGGCCCUCAGCUCCAGCCUGAGCCUGAACCUUCAGCAGGGGAGCCCGGGAGGGCAGCCACCGCCCCCAAGGCUGGUGGUGAGCCACUCUCCCCGCCCCCUCCCCAGGAACCAGCCCUGGGGGUUCCCCAGCAGACACCCUGGAGCUCCUGGGAGGAGGGGGCCCUCGCAGACCUGGCCGUGUACACCGCCGCCUGCCUGGAAGAGGCUGGCUUUGUGGGAACGCAGGCGACAGCGCUCACCCUGUCCUCAGCCCUGGAGGCGCGGGGGCACAGGCUGGAGGACCAGGUGCAUGGGCUUGUGCGGGGGCUGCUGGCGCAGGUGCCCCACCUGGCGGAGGGGCGGCCCCGGCGGGCGGCCCUGCGGGUGCUGAGCGCGCUGGCCUUGGAGCACUCCGGGGACGUGGUGUCCGCGCUGCUGCGCUGCUCACCGGCCCCGAACCGGGCGGCCACCGAGCUCUGGCGCAGCCUGAGCCGGAACCAGCGUGUGAAUGGACAGGUGCUGGUGCAGUUGCUGUGGGCGCUAAAGGGCUCAGCCGGAUCCCAGCUAGAGGCGCUGGCGGCCACUCGCGCCCUUGGGGAGAUGCUGGCUGUGUCUGGCUGUGUGGGUGCCACCCGAGGCUUCUACCCGCACCUUCUCCUGGUGCUGGUCACUCAGCUCCACAAGCUGGCCUGGGAUGCACACCCUCCCGACACACCCAAGGUUUGGGCCCCAUCUCAUCGAGGGCCACCGCACAGUCACGCCAGCUGCACCGUGGAGGCCUUGAAGGCCCUGCUCACUGGGGAUGGAGGCCGCAUGGUGGUAACGUGCAUGGAGCAGGCUGGAGGCUGGAGGAGACUGGUGGGAGCCCGCACCCACCUGGAGGGUGUCCUGCUGCUGGCCAGUGCCCUGGUGGCCCACGCCGACCACCAUCUGCGAGGCCUGUUCGCAGACCUGCUGCCGCGGCUGCGCAGCACAGACGACGCACAGCGCCUGACGGCCAUGGCCUUCUUCACUGGGCUGUUGCAGAGCCGGCCCACCGCGCGGCUCCUGCGGGAGGAGGUGAUCCUGGAACGGCUCCGCACCUGGCAGGGCGACCCUGAGCCCACGGUGCGCUGGCUGGGUCUGCUGGGCCUCGGCCACUUGGCGCUGAACUGCGGGAAGGUGCGCCACGCGACCACGCUGCUCCCCGCACUUCUGGGCGCGCUGGGCGAGGGUGACCCACGGCUCGUGGACGCUGCGCUGGGGGCGCUGCAGAGGGUCCUGCUGCGGCCGCGGGCGCCGGUGCGGCUCCUGAGCGUGGAGCUGCGGCCCCGCCUCCCGCCACUCCUGGACGACGCCCGGGACUCGGUCCGCGCCUCCGCAGUCGGGCUGCUCGGGACGCUGGUGCGGCGCGGCCGGGGUGGGCUCCGGGUGGGGCUCCGCCGCCCCCUGCGGAAGCUGGUGCUGCAGAGUCUCGUUCCGCUGCUGUUGCGUCUGCACGACCCCAGCCCGGACACCGCUGAGAGCGCAGAAUGGACGCUGGCCUGCUGUGACCAGGCCCUUCCCUGGGGCCUGCUGGAGGAGGUGGGCACGGAGGCUCACUACCACAGCCCUGAGGCCCUAAGCCGCGUCUGCCACCGCCUGGUCCAGUGGUACCCGAGUCACGUGCCCAGCUUCCUGAGUCAGACCCAGGGCUACCUGCGGAGCCCUCAGAGCCCCCUGCGCUUGGCGGCCACCCUACUCACAGGCUUCCUGGUCCAUCACUCCAGCCCCAGCCACGUCAACCAGGACCUGCUGGACUCUCUGUUCCAGGACUUGGGGAGGCUGCAGAGUGACCCUGAGCCUGCUGUGGUGGCGGCAGCACGCGUGUCUGGCCAGCAGGUGGCGCUGCUGGCCCGCGUGCAGCCCCAGCCCUGCGGCUGGCGCCUCCCCCGCCCCGGCCGACCCAGCUGCCUGCCGGCCCGGCCCCCGCCCGUCUACGCCGACAGCCCGUUUCAGCACUGCAGCCUCCCCGGCCGCUGGGGCUGCUCAGGUCCAGGCUGA